GCAGUCUGGGAUAUGGAGUGCUUCUUCUGAAACACAAACUAUUUGCUUACUUUGAAGAUAAUCUCGAACCUGGCCCAGUGGGUGGAAAAACAAAAGAAGCUUUGCAUGUUGUUUGAGUUUUUUUCGGUUUGGGGAUUCAUUAUGGAUUUGUCUGUUGAACGCCAGGUUGAACGUUGAGGCUCUGGGAAAGUUGGGAGGAGUUAAAUGGUGGAAAAAAAAAAACCUGGAAGAAGGAGGCAGUAGUUCCUUUUUCAGUGAGUGAGCGCUGUUGGCUGUACACAGCGAGCUGAACGGAGCUCGAACAGGUUUUGCCGGGGCUGGUUUUGGCCUUAGAUCUGAACAGGGAAGGGUGGAGACCAGGAAUGUGACGCGGCGCCAUACCACACUCGGUGGACUGGGGAAAACGAGUCUUCCCGGCCGGAACAUCAAGUUAUCUUAGCGGCGACUCCAUAGAAGCGCCCUGAUAAAGACCCAAAGAUUGUGCCCCCUGCUACAUCAUGGCCCACCGCUCCCAGUGUUCGUCAGUGGGAGAUAACCCUCUGGAUCCUAACUAUCUGCCACCACAUUAUCGGGAAGAGUACAGACUGGCAAUAGAUGCUCUGGUGGAAAAUGAUGUUGACGGAUACUGUAGCUUUUUGCAAAAUGCUAAUGUCGUUGAUUUUCUAUCGAGGCCAGAGAUUGAGCACAUUAAAAAUACUGUGCAGUUGCCACAAAGUUUUGCAUCUGUACCAGAAUUGACAUAUCACGACAUGGAUCCGGAUGGUUCAUCAGACACAUACUGGCCACUGCACUCUGACUUGGAUGCACCAGGUUUGGAUCUUGGUUGGCCAUUGCAACAACACAGUUUUGUAGGGCCCACUGAAGUUACAACACUGGUAAAUCCCUCAGACCCUGAAAUGCCCAGUAUCAAGGAACAGGCCAGAAGGCUCAUUAAAAAUGCACAGCAGGUCAUUGCAGUGGUAAUGGAUAUGUUCACAGAUGUUGAUAUAUUUGCUGAUCUGCUUGAUGCUGCUCAACGGCAUGUGCCUGUGUAUAUUCUACUGGAUGAACAAAAUGCCUCUCACUUUGUUGCCAUGGUGACAAGCUGCAAAAUUAACCUGGAUAUGUUUCAUAUGAUGCGGGUGAGGACUGUUUCUGGCAUUACAUAUUUCUGUCGCACAGGAAAGUCAUUUAAAGGACAGGUGAUGGACCGCUUUCUUCUAGUUGACUGCAGAGCAGUGCUCAGUGGGAAUUAUAGUUUUAUGUGGUCGUUUGAGAAGAUACACCGCUGCAUAGCUCAUCUGUUUUUGGGAGAACUUGUGGCCACUUUUGAUGAGGAAUUUCGUAUUCUCUUCGCUCAAUCCCAGCCCCUUGUUGUUGAAAAUUCCUUGGUACCUAUGCCACCUGACAGCACUAGUGGCUACUUAAGCAACCAGUUUGGAAUAAAAAGAUCGCAGUCUAUGAGGAAUCCUCGAGGAUUUCUUCAACACACUGAGCUUUUGGGAUUCCCAUUUAGAGGAGAACGCCAUGAUACUGCUCUGUCCUUCAGAAGGGAUGAACCAUUCCGUCACUCUCUUGAGCCAGCAGGUGCUGCUUUGCAGGCUAGCAAGUUCACUUCACAUCAGAUGAGAAUGCAACAAUCCUUUAUGGAGCAAGGCAGGCCAAUAAUUGCUUCACGUCAGCUAGAAAUGAACACAUAUAAAAGGCAUAGCUAUGCUGAAGGUACACGUGAGAGCUACUCUUCAUCUCGACAGUACAUGAAACAUCGCGUGAUGAACAAUCUGGAUGAAAUGGAGGCACACUAUCAGAGAGACCAACAAUUCUAUCAAGAAGGUGCAGGAUCAGAAACUGGACGCUUUGACCCUCUCCGGAGCUCUGGUCUUUACCAGCUAGAUCAAUAUUCUGACCCUAUUUAUCAGCUUGAAUUAGAGGAACCAGAAAGUCAAAAUGUCUUAUCUUCAGAUGAUCUUGGCCAUGAUCCAGAAAACAGGCUUCAUCCGGGCGUGGCUCAUUUUGGUCAACCAACCCAAAAACGACCAACUCUUAGUCAUGCAUAUGCCUGUCAAAGCUCACCCACCCAAAUUCAUCCUCCAGACCAUAAACAAGUGUUCCCUGCUGGAGAACAGGGAAGACAGACCGAAGACCCAAGUGUUAAGCAGGGAUUGCGGAGCUGGAGGAUUAGCUCCUAUCUUAAUACCUAUGAAAAUGCUGGGGAGGAGGGCUUGCAACAACCUUUGGGACCAGAUGCUUUUGAUGAGCCACAACAGCCUGAAAUUAGACAGUACAACCCUGAGGCUCCAGGCCUUCGCUUUAACACAGUAGAACCACCUACCAUACCAAGUAAACCAAAACUUGAUAUACGUCCUCGCUAUGGUAAACCUAUUUUACCAGACAGGAAGCAAGUAAAAGAUGUAAUCACUGAUCAGGCUUCUGCAGGAACAGAUUCCCAAAAGAGAUCAGCUAAUACAGCUACAGCACUCACAUCAGCAGAGACAGACAGUGAAAAGGAGAUGGAGUUAAAGGAUUCUAAAAAUUCUAAGGAGAUUAGCAUCACCAAACACGAGUCUUUCCGGAGCCGAAUCAACCCAGUGCUGCAAAGGAGCUCACGGUUACGCUCCUCCCUUAUCUUCAGCUCCUCUAAGGUAGAGCAACACAGUUCUGCAGUUUCUGGAGAAAAGCUACAAGAGGAUGAUGAGGACAAUGCAAUUAAAACCUCUUCAAUUGUAGCAGAGAUUUUAGAAAAGAGGAGGUCAUUUUCUAGGGAGCCUUUUAUAUGGAAUAAACAUAAAAAGACAGAUGAUAAAGAAAGUACGGAGAUGGUACAAGAAGAGGUAACAUCUACACAAGAGGACCCUGCUAAGAACACUAAAGAAAUUAAAGAGGAAUCUAAGAAUCCUGUUAAAGAAAAAGACAUUAUAAAACAAACAGAGUCUUCAUUGCCAAAACUGAAAACCCCCUUUUUGGACAUGAAUGACCCAUUGAGUCGUCUGCAGUACUUUAAAGAACUGUCUGUAAAGAGAAAGAACAUAAAAGCAGAGGAAGCUUUAAAUAAAAGUCAAGAGCCACUUUCAAAAAAGCCAGAUGCAUCUGAUACUCAACAUAGCACAAUGGCAGCCACAAUUCCAUCUGUUUCAGUUAGCCCUGCAUUGCCCUCCACAGCAUCAGCAAUAUCAAUAUCAGCAAUAUCAACAUCAGCCGCAGCAUCAGCCGCAGCAUCAGCAAUAUCAGCAUCGGCCACAACAUCAGCGACAUCAGCCGCAACAUCAGCCGCAACAUCAGCGACAUCAGCCACAACAUCAGCCACAACAUCAGCCACAACAUCAGCCACAACAUCAGCAACAGCACCAGUAGCAACAACAUCAGUGCAAGAAGAUUCUGCUGUACCAUCUGUGAUCACAUCAAAGUCAAAGAAAUGUGAAGAGAAAAUACAAAUCGAUAGCCCUGUGAUAAUGGAGGAGUUCACAGAUGCAGUGAAGAAAGAAACAAUUAAGGAACCAAAGUUACCAAAACCAUUUCCUUCACCUAAGUUUACACUAAAGCCUUUCAAAAGUUCUCACAUGCGUCGUACCUCGUGCGGUGAUGAUAUUUUCACCGAUGCAACAGAUGCUGAAAAAAGUGAAUAUAAAAAGUCUCGAAGCCUCAGCUCAUCAAGCAUGUCACAAACAGAUUCCAAAGAAAGUGCUAGCUUGAGUCGACAGGGCUCCACUGUGUCCCUAAAUGUUAUAGGGUCUGAAGGCAAAGAAACAAAGGCCCGUGAUUUUCUGAAGAAGCAAACACAAAGAAUAAAAGGGUUACUUGCACCCAAAGGAGAUAAAAAGCAUGCAGGGGGGUUAAGUACUGCAGAUGAAAAGAAAAUGAAAAUUGUGCCUGAAGUAUCAGAGGAAACUUCAUCUAAAGAGAAAGAAACACAGUCAGAUUCAGUGUCAACAUCCACAACUGACAAUUCUAAAUCAAUUAAUAAGCCAAGCCCAUCUCGCUAUCAGGCUUCUACCUCAACUGUUCUAUUCAGUAGCAACCUCAGGGAUGAUACCAAGGUAAUCCUUGAGCAAAUUUCUGCAAACAGCCAGAAGAAUAGACAGGAGCUGGCCAAGCAAGCUGAUGAGACUGGAAAAGAUGACGAGGAUAAAGGAGGUCACGUUUCAAACCUUGAUCGUGAGCCAUUCCAGCGAUACCAGAAUCAAAACCGGUUCAACCGAGCACAAGUCAACCCUCAGGAGCGGGACAGCCUACUGAAGAGAAUAGAGAGUAUGCGCAAAGAAAAGAAGGUCUACAGUCGCUUCGAGAUGGGGAAUAACCUUGGAUAACAAAACAUGGCAAAGGGGGCAUCCAGUCUACAACAAGGUCUGAGACCUCAAAAAAAAAAGUGCCAGCAACUGAAAAAAAAAGAGUAACUCUGAAAAAGAGCAUUGAAAAAACACAACCUCAAAUUUGAGGACUCUAAAGUGAGAGGAAUGUUCCUUAGAAUGUGCCAACUUGGGGCCUGCAGUCACUUCACACUGCCUUUAAAAGGCAUCAGUGCAAACAGAAAUCAGAUGAUAUACCAGCUGGAUAUGAAAAAAAACCUGGCCAAAACAAAGUGUUUGAGUUUUUUAACAUUUUUAUGAUUUGUGCAGUCUUGUACAGUGUUUAAGACUUUUCAAUAUUACACCAUUCUCAGGUGUGUAAACUGGACUGACAUGCCUAGACAAAAGUAUGGCAUUCAAGGAAGAAAAAAAAACCUUCACAAAAUCCUGCAUUCUACUCCAAGACACAUCGUGCUGCAACCACCCCUGUGGUUUAGCUGUGCCAAUGGAAUACUUGUAUUAAAACAUCCAAACAGUGUUGUAUGAGGGCGAGAAAAACUCAGCUUGAGGCGAAAAUAAAGCAAAAUGGAAGUGUAGAAGAGUGGCAAAUGAUAGAACAUGAGUCAAAAAUCUCAACAUGAGACACUGCGGAAAGGAGAGAAAAAUGGUAAGAAAAAGAACGUUUGGAGGUUUGUUAAUGCAGUCAAGGUAACUAUUAUGCUAGCAGGUAAUAGAUUAAUAAAUGAGGGCAGACAUUUUCUUAUCAUAACAACAAAAAUUAAUUUGAGAAUAAUUCACUUUUGGAGUCAAAUUUUAAUCAAAUUUGUAAAACUAUGAAUAAAAACAUAAAACAAAAGGUAUUUUUGAGAAUAUUUUUGUUUAUUAUUUUAUAUUCAGUUGUAGUUAUUGACUUUAUUGUCUCAUAAUGAAAGGAAAUGUACUGUAUUUGAGUAUAUGAGGCAAGGCUGACAUUUCGAGGAUGACCAUGACAAUACAAAGGAUUUUUUUCAUACAUGUUAGAUAUUAUAGUCUCAGGACUGGGCCUAUGCUGUAUUUUGUCAGUGAAAGUCUUAAUUAUAGUACCAGAUAAACUGGUACCGUUAAAGACCAAAGAACUCCUAGAGCAUCAGGUACAAGCUCUAAAACAUAGCUGGAGGUAUGAUUAUGUUUUACUAUUGAUACUAUGUUGAUUAAAAAUUUUUUUUGUCUCAUAGAUUUUGGUGAAAAUAUUGUAAAUUUUGUAUUAUGUAAACAAAUAAAAAUGUAAAAUCUG